AUGGAUAUCGCUAGCAGACUUGCGAUAAUUGAGCAACAAAUACGUCAGGUGGAAAACCAGAAGCUCCAACGGGAGCAAACGCUGGGUGCGUUCUGGGAACAUCUGCCUGCUAUCGAUCCAAUUAUCAUACGAGAUCGUAUGCUUUUUCUCCAGAACGAAAUACGCACUCUCGAAAACAGGAAGAGGGCGCUGCUCCAAGAACGGGAGGGGCUCCUUGUGGAGGUUGCCAUCCUCCGUGACCCACCCACUGGGGAGACUGGAAGAAAUUAA